AUGAGCGGUCACAUAAGACUUCGUCGUGAAACAGUGCAUUAUAUUUCAAGUAAAAACUGUGCUUCAUUUUUCCAACAAACGCAUUUUUACACGACGUAUGAAGCUUUUGCUUAUGAAUGGACAAUUAAUUUUAUUGGGUCUCCCCAAUGGCCUGAAAUGAAAACUGUUUGGAAGUUAUUUUUGGAUCACUGCAAAGUAUUCACACAACCAACGCCAUUAGCAAUUAUUUUCAAACUUCAGCUAACUAAAGGAGAAGAAACACCUCAAAUUAUCACAAAACCAGAUGUAUAUAAUUCAACAUUUUUCUCUACUGGUAAUUAUCGUCUUUUUGAACAAAAUCCAUUGCUUGUAACAUUAGCUGAAGCAUUCAGUAUUAAUUCACAUUGGCAAGGUGGACGGGCGUAUUUAACUAUUGAAAUGCGUUUUUCUGCAAACAAUUUCCAAAUACAAUUAGAUAGAGUUAUUCCAGUUUAUUCAUUAUUAAAAGCUGGCGAUUUUCGAAGGACUCUCAAAGAUACUUAUCAAAAUAUUGAACCAGACUUUACAUUCAAAACUUUGGAUGGUGAGAUUCAUUCAUACAAAAAUUUAUUGUACAUUUCUUCGCCGUAUUUUCGCGACUUAUUAAGCUCUGAUGAUAUUGAAUUGAAUCAAAUUACACUUAAUUAUAAUCGUGAAGCAGUUUCACAGACAUUGUCAUACAUGAUUUUCGGAGCAUUUGAAUCAUCGGAUAUCGUGAAUCAUGACUUAAUACCACAGAUGUUGAAAUGCGCUAAACAAUUUCAAAUACGAAUAACGCAAUUUGACGACGAUAUAGGACGCGUGCUAAUAUUUCAACUUUUCAAUAAUCUGGACAACCUGGAUCAGGUCGUCAAAAUUUUGUUAUUAGCUCAUCGACAACAGGCAUACUACCAAGUGAAACGAAUGUGUAUUGCAAUGAUCGUCGAAAAACAUUAUAAGAGAUUCAUUCAGGAGUACAACGGCAAUGCAGUUGGUGAAAAACUAGAUAUUUUUGAACGACUAUCAUCAGCGAUAGUACCAAGCUUAUCACCAGUCAGUCGGAUACAUAAUAUAUAUAGAGGUAGUCUUGCAUGCCAAAGAAUACUACAAUACAAAGAAGUGCAGCAAGAGGCAUGUUAA